AUGCUUGGCAAUGGCACACUUGCUGUGAAGAAGCUUAUUGAAAUGGUUGAUAUUGAUGAGAAGAAAUUCAGCGAAGAGGUUCGUUGUUUGAUGAAGGCAAAGCACAAAAAUAUAGUGCGGUUCCUGGGAUAUUGCUGUGACACACAAGGGGAAAUGCUAGACUGCGAAGGAAAACUUGUCUUGGCAGAAGUACGACAAAGGUGCUUUGAUGAAAAACAAAGCCAGACUAUUGCUUCAAAACUGAUUGGAACUAUGGGAUAUGUGGCACCAGAAUUCUAUGCGCGCAGGAACAUCACAUUCAAGUUAGACAUAUAUAGUCUUGGCAUGAUAAUCACAGAGAUACUAACAGGAGAGAAGGGAUAUGCUGAUAUUGACAAUGUAAGACGUGUCCGUACCAACAUGAAGGCUGAUUUCAAGAUUACUGAGUUACAUUACUUUGUGUAA